UACCGCUUUUAUCAUUACAUACGAAGUCGAAAAUUUCAAUUUUGCCGCUCUCGAAAACCCGCGCUCUUUUUCCUCCGUCUCUUGCGGUUCGAUUUCCAUUUCCGACGAACUACCCAGUUUCUGAAUCAGAUGGAUACAUCAAACCCUUCAGUUUUUGUGAAUGCUGAGCUUUUACGCAUGUAUGUUGGAAGAAGAGUUCGGGCAGUGAUUCAGGUACAGUCAGAAGGCAACGGAGUCAUAUACGGUAAAUCAACAGAUGACAACCAGAUUACUGUGAAAGGAUCCCCACCAUUUUCCCUUUCGAAGUUUGUCGAGGUCAUUGGAAUUGCUGAUACCGACAAAUCCAUACGAGCUGAUGUAUGGACCAAUUUUGGCGACUCAUUUGAUACAUCUACAUUCAAUCAACUUUGUCAGCUUGCUAACGGGGAAUUCAAACCCCUGUUUGUCUGAUAUUCAAGCCAGACAUUCUUUGGCCAGAAAGUUCAAGUCCUACCAUCCCCUCCUGGGACACACAAAUCGCCCAUGUUUUCUUCACGUUCUUCUGAAGCGCCCUAGAUUUAUCGUUCAUACCGUAUUGAACUUCUCAGGUAAUGGAUAUAUAAAAUUUGAGUAUGCACAUGUAUGUUUGGGUUAGAAUAUCUAGAAUGAACAUUGCUUCAAAAUAUUCAUAAAAAAUCUAUUUUAAUCGAUUUUGUUUGUAGUUUUU